AUGGCGUCCAAACUCAUCUCGGAGCAACAGCCACUGCUUCGCUCGGUAAUACCCUCUGGGAGGUCGGGACGUAACACGCCGAUACUGCACGAACCCAGCAUCAACAAGUCGUAUCUCACGGGCGACGAUAUCCCCUCUCGGGACUAUGAGCCAUCCCGAGCGGUUGAAGACAACGUCCUCCCAGAGACUUCGCCAUUAGGCCGGACUCUUACUCGGCGCAGCGUUUACCUCCUCAUUAUAUCACGCGUCAUCGGGAGCGGCAUAUUCGCGACGCCAGGUGCCAUUCUCCGAGCGGUGGGAAGCCCCGGCCUGGCUCUUUCACUAUGGGUUGUCGGCGCCAUCGUCGCGGCCUGCGCCUUGUCCAUCGGGCUCGAGUACGGCUGCAUGCUGCCCCGCUCCGGUGGCGAAAAGGUCUAUCUCGAGUUCACCUAUCGCCGCCCGAGGUUUCUGGCCUCGACCCUGGUUGCCACCUCGGUGAUACUGCUGGGGUUUACCGCGAGCAACUGCGUCGUCUUUAGCGAGUACGUCUUGUUCACCUUGGGCCGCGAGGAUGCUCCCGAGUUCAUGCGCAAGGGCCUCGCCGUCGGGCUGCUGACUACCGUCACGGUGAUUCACGGUGUUUUCCCCAAAACCGGGAUACGACUGCAAAACUUUCUUGGUUAUGUCAAGAUCGGCACCAUCGUGUUCAUGAUCCUAUGCGGGAUCUACGUGGUGGUCGUAGGACCAACCGUCAUCUCUGCGUCGCCUGAAAAUCAGACCGCGGAGCGUAGGAGGUUAUUCGCCUGGGACGACAACAUCUGGACCGGCAGCGUCUGGAACUGGGGCAUCAUUGCCACUUCGCUCUUCAAGGUGACGUACUCAUUUGCCGGACUCGAGAACGCCAACAACGUCCUGAACGAGGUCAAAGAUCCCGUUCGGACAUUGCGGUUCGCGACGCGAGCGGCGCUGGCCACUGCGUGCUUCAUGUACAUCCUCGUCAACCUCGCCUACCUCGCCGUCGUGCCGCUCGACGACGUCAAGUCCAGCGGCGAGCUGAUUGCUGCUCUCUACUUUGAGCGCCUCUUUGGUCCCCAGGUCGGCAGGAUCGUCUGUCCACUCGCCGUCGCCCUCUCGGCCAUGGGCAACGUCUUCGUCGUCGCAUUCUCCCUGUCUCGGGUCAAGCAGGAGGUCGCCCGCCAGGGCCUCCUCCCUUUCGGAAGCGUGCUUUCGUCCACGCGGCCGUUUGGGUCACCACUUGGCGGGCUGCUGAUGAAUUAUGUCGUGUCGGUCCUGGUGCUCGUACUCCCACCGUCCAAGGAGGUGUACUCGUUCAUCUUGGAGGUAGAGAGCUACCCGGGUCAGUUCUUCGCCCUGGCCAGCGCCUGCGGUCUGCUGUACCUCCGACGCAAGAAGCCCGACCUGAAGAGGCCGUUCAGGGCCUGGAUACCAGCCGUGGUGCUUCGCAUCAUGGUGUGUCUGGCGCUGAUUGCUGCGCCAUUCUUCCCGCCUGCAACCGCCCCCGAGGAUGGCAUGUUUUAUGCGACGUAUGCCGUUGUAGGGUUCAGCAUAAUUAUGAUUGGUGUGGUCUACUGGUUUGCCUGGACCAUACUUCUCCCCAAGCUCGGGGGUUAUUGGUUGGAGGAGAAGGAGGAAGUUUUGGUCGAUGGGGUGACUAUCAAAACAAUAUCUGCAACGAAUUUAGGCACGCCAAAUUCCUGUUUUUGGAUACGGUCCUGA